AUGUUACACAUUAACAGUGCAAAAAAGCGAACUUCCUUCCGUAUUAAGUAUUUCUUGACAGCACCGUUUUACAUAUACAGCAUGUUUUUUGUCGACUAUACCUCUGCAGAAUGUCGAGAAGAGAUUAAGGUAUUGCCUCGCAAUUCAUAUGAGUCCAAAAUCAUCCGGAAUCUUUAUAUAUUCGAGAAUGAUACACAAAAAUGUGAUGAAGCACAAUCUAUGUUAAUGCUAUCCCGGGCUCCUUUUUGUGAUUCUCAUGAUUUGAAUGUAACUUUUUCAUCCGUUGCUGUGUUACCGAAUGGAACCAACAUGUUGCCUUACGUUUUACUUAAUGUUUCUAUCCGAGUUAAUAGCCCAAUCUCAUCUGUUUUUCUUCGACUGGAAUGUUUAGAAGCUCCAAAUUUGGAAGACGAUUAUUGUCAUAAUCACGAGGAGCAGUAUCGAAGGUGGGGGCGUAUGAUAUGGCCUUGUCGCUUUUUGACCCUUUCUAAACCGGAUCUUGUUAGCUAUCCAUAUUUUCUUAAUUAUCAUUGUUUUCGGCUUUCUUCUUAUUCUCACUAUCGUUUGAAUGUGUCGUGUGCUCCAAAUUUGUGCAGGAAAUCGUUUAUUGUCACGAUACCCGAAGAGACUCAAGUGAGUCCCACCAUAAGUCGCUUCUAUGAUAAAGAUGGUGCAAUUGGUGAUAACUAUUGGUCACCACUUGCAUUCGUAGAUUUAACUUUGCGAGACAAGGUGAUAAUUCGUUAUGAGAGGCAACCAUCUUUGAUAGCUACUCGAAUCUCUGUUGCUGUUUUUGAAACGAUCGCUUCAUCUUCUACCCAUCUCUUUACAAAUACAUUAGAUAUUACCGCCGCUGAAUAUGAGUGGAAGAAUGUCCGAGCCGGGAAUUUUACUGCGUAUUUAUACGUUAGCCGAUUAGACUGUAAUCUAAUAUGUAGCAACAGCACUGUGGAUAGGUGUAUUUUAUGUCCAAGUACAAGAAUUCAUUUCACGGUUGAGGAGGAUAAAAUAUCGCUUGCGGCAUCAAUUCAUGGCUUAUUAUUUCAUAGAAUUUACGUCAUCGGUGCUGCGGUAUUGUGUUUUGCUUUUGCUAUAGCUGUUUUGUUUUUUUUGACGACCAGGCGCUUACACAGAGUACCGUUGCAAGAAGUGUCACUUUCACAGCGAACAACCGUUUUUAUCGUUUACACAGACGAUUGCAAACCUCAUUCCGAUUGCAUCGCUGCACUUGCAAAAAUACUGCAACACGAUGCGAAUGUGGAUGUAUUCUUAGAUCAAUUUGAAUUAAAAUAUUCGGAAACACUUCCGUUAAGGUGGUUCAUUAGCAAGUUUGCAGCAGCUAGUCAUGUAAUGCUUAUUUUUUCUGAAGGAGCAGGUGCCAUCCUUCGCGGGGAAAGUCUUAUUCAGCAGCAACCGUUUCCUGAAUUCUUUUCCGUCGCACUUAAUAUGUUGAUAACGGAACACAGUAAAGAUGUAACUAGACAACCUGGAAAGCUACUGACAGAAAUGAGCCUGCGCUUUGCAUUUGCCUAUAUGACCUAUUCUCCAUCUUCAGUGAUCCCUGAAGAGCUUACUUCUUUACCAAUCAAUAUAUUCAAGUUGCCUGAGCAGAUUCAGAAUCUCAUUUCGUGGUUGCACAAUCAACCAUCUGAUAUCUAUGUAGAUGUGUGUAUUGAUAUGUCGCAUUUGAAAAGUGCCGUGGAUGAAGUUGUGGAAUAUCGACGCAAGAAUCCAGUUUGGUUGGCAGAAAGAUUGCAAACGAGUCGCAAGAAUUCCGGACCUUUUUGUACACUACAGAAUGUUCCUUUCCAAUCAAGUCGUUCGGUAUUAACACACGAAGAACAAGUUCAUAUUGCGGAAACAUUGAAUUUGGAACCACCCGACAUCCAUACUUCGACGGAAGAAAUUUUUUCUGAAGAAAAUGUUAUUUUCGCUUUGAUAGGAUCACCUGAUGACAGCAGCUCCGAUACCGAUGAUUCCAUUUCCGACAAGAUUCAUCUACAACAAUUCUUGGCAGCUAAACAAAAUUAG